GGCUUCAGGUGGACAUUUGUGAAGCGCUUUCCUUCGAAAUCGGUCCAAAUUGUUCCCUGGUUGUACCAUCUUUUAGUGCAAGCACUUAGGCUUUGGUAUCGCGACAGAUCAUUCCGUCAAUUAGUUGUGUUUCAUCCGGAAAGUGUGAUUUUUAGGUGUUGAUUUCAAACAGUGUCAGUGACCAUGUUCCUGUUAAACGAAACAGAGCCGGCCCUGUUUCCGAUGGCCCGGACCAGUGAGUUGGUUCGGUUGCUUGGAUGGAAUCUGCCCCAGGAACAGCAACAUUUGGUCCACGAACAUUGGCGCGACUUUCCGGCCCCUCCCUACUACAUGCACCUGAUGCUGGCCAUGAUCUACUUUGUGCUGAUGAAUAUGUCCCUGGUCGGAAACGGUAUCGUGCUGUGGAUCUUCACCACAUCCAAAUCCUUGCGAAACGGAUCGAAUAUGUUCAUCGUCAACCUGGCAAUUUUCGAUCUGUUGAUGAUGUGUGAGAUGCCCAUGUUCCUUGUGAAUUCCUUUGCCGAACGUCUGGUUGGCUAUGAAACCGGAUGUGCCGUCUAUGCUGCGCUAGGAAGCAUUUCCGGAAUCGGUGGGGCCAUUUCCAACGCAGUGAUAGCCUUCGACCGGUACCGAACCAUUUCGAACCCGCUGGAUGGACGUUUGAAUCGGGUUCAGGCCAGUUUGCUGAUUCUCAUGACCUGGCUGUGGACGUUGCCAUUCACUCUGCUGCCAAUGUUCAAGGUCUGGGGCCGAUACGUACCGGAAGGAUAUCUGACAACUUGCUCCUUCGAUUAUCUGACCGACGAUCAGGACACCAAAGUGUUUGUGGGCUGCAUCUUCACCUGGUCCUACGCCAUCCCAAUGAUCUUCAUCUGCUACUUCUACGCUCGGCUCUUUGGACACGUUAGGGCCCAUGAAACCAUGUUGAAGAACCAGGCUCGCAAGAUGAACGUCGAAUCGUUAGCUGCCAACCGGAACGAAAAGGCUCAAGCUGUGGAAAUCCGCAUCGCCAAGGCGGCCUUUACUAUCUUCUUCCUGUUCGUGUGCGCCUGGACUCCGUACGCAAUCGUCACCAUGAUUGGUGCUUUCGGCGAUAGGACUCUGCUAACCCCAUUCUUCACUAUGGUGCCAGCGGUUUGUGCCAAGAUCGUGUCCUGUCUGGACCCGUGGGUGUACGCCAUCAGCCAUCCCAAAUACCGCCAGGAGCUGGAGCGUCGACUUCCUUGGCUCGGAAUCAAGGAAGCUCAGGACAACGUUAGUUCGACCGAUAGCAAGCAAACUAUCGUUUCGGAUUCGGCUGCAACCGGAGCCAAUAACCCGGAGUAAAUUGACGAAAUGAUUUGUCUGGCUGUACCAAAUGCUGCUCGGCUGGAUUUUUCUCGAUGAUGACCUGUACGCAACGUUUCAUGGACCCCGGAAGCUUAGGUUAAGUUGUAUCUAUUUAUGUUCAGCAAGUUACAGCAAAGUAAAAAAUCAAAAAAAAAAUAAAUAAAUGAGAGAGCUACAUGUGUAA